UGCGCGCCACCGUUCCUGCGGAAUUCAGGAGGCUGUGGUCGGACCCCGAGAGACUCUCACCUAGAAAAUAAUGAACAACAAAUUUGACGCUCUGAAAGAUGAUGACAGUGGAGACCACGACCAGGACCAAGGCUCACCGAAAGACAGUGAGAAGGAGAAAACUGAAGACGAGGACAAGGAACAGAACACUUCCAAGAAAAAGAUGGUUGUGCCAGGGGCAGGAGAGCACCCUCUUCAAUACAACUACACCUUCUGGUACUCCAGACGCACCCCGGGGAGACCAGCCAGCACACAGAGCUACGAACAGAACAUCAAACAGAUUGGCAGCUUCGCCUCGGUGGAGCAGUUCUGGCGUUUCUAUAGUCACAUGAUCCGGCCAGGCGAUCUGACAGGCCAUAGUGACUUUCACCUCUUCAAAGAGGGUAUUAAACCCAUGUGGGAGGAUGAUGCCAAUAAGAUGGGUGGGAAGUGGAUCAUCCGUCUGAGGAAAGGCCUAGCAUCUCGGUGUUGGGAGAACCUGAUCCUGGCCAUGCUGGGGGAGCAGUUCAUGGUGGGAGAGGAGAUCUGUGGGGCUGUGGUGUCAGUACGCUUCCAGGAGGACAUAAUUUCCAUCUGGAACAAGACAGCUAGUGACCAGGCGACCACUGCUCGCAUCAGAGACACCCUGCGCAGAGUCCUCAACCUGCCUCCCAACACCAUCAUGGAGUACAAGACACACACAGACAGCAUUAAGUAUAGCCUGGGAAGACUUCCAUGGUCUGGUGAAUGCUAGUGGCGGACGUUAGCCCCUCACACAGAAAACCUCUGCAAGGGUGUGUGUAUUUGUGAUGUGUUGAGGGAUGACGAGUCCAGGGAAGGAUACCUCUGCGUGAGUUGGCGCUGUGUGAUCUGAAGACAGAGUAAAAGUCAGGGACAGAGGCAAGAAGACCAUUCCUUCUGUGUGUCAAAUUGGAAAUGAACAGAAAAGCCUUUCAACGGGACACUGAACCAAGUUGAAGAGAGAAAUGUGCGUUAUUUUUAAUCAACCAGAGGAGAGCAAAGCCUCCCUUUUUAUGUUUUGUAAGGCAAGUUGUAACAUCUGUUAACUUGCCACCAGAGAGGGGGGGGGCAUGUGACUGGUGUUUGGUCAUUAGCUGUUAACAAAGUGUACUUGACAAAAUUCAAGAAAACCAACAACAAAGCCAAUCUGUUAUAAUGCGAGAUCUGAUUUUAUUGCUUAACAUAACAUCACACUUCCUGCUGUCAAAAUAAAUCUGUGUUAAUCUGUUUUAUUGGGACUCAAACAGGGUUGCUGGUAGAUGUUAUUUUAUUACAGUGCUGUAUUUUAUCUACAAUUCCUCUGGUCAUUUCGAACUAGAAUGAUUACUAUUAUUGUGUACGAUAUAUUUGUAAAUACAGUCCACUUCAAAGAUCACUUAAUUGAAUCAGCAAUGGUUCUCCGUCUUUGACCUGGAAGUUGAAUCCCAAAGGAUGAGGACCAUCCUGUGUUGAGCAGAAGGUUGUAUAGCCGGCAUCUUAAAAAUGGACUGCCAAGCUGCCUAGAUCACUGUGCCUGGCCUCGAGCCCGACCCAGGUUUCCCUUAUGUCUUUUUUUUGUCUUUACCCCGCCUUUAAAUAAUCCAAGGGUCGGGCUCUGCUUUAAUGUCCUCAGCAAAGGUGUAUAGGGGUCCUGGAACACUGGCCUUCACUCCUUUUCCAUUUUGUAGUAAAAGAAAUGAAACUAGGCCCAGGUCCAGGGUCUGUGACAGUUUUUAUUAAUUCCUCGGGAGCAUUUUUUGGAACCAUGUUAAGAAAGCGCCUAUAGUUUGUUGAAAAACUGUAAUGCUGGCCAUGUUUGGUAGUGUGAUGAUGGGUGCAGGUGUCUGCGUGUGUGUCAAAAGUGAAGAAACACUGUUGGAUGUACACCUGAUGGAUUAUAUAGCAAUAAAUGUCAAAUAUGCAUCUG